AUGCAGUUGUUUGGGCUUAAAUCUUUCGUCAUCGCAGUAAUUGUUCUUUACGGAGCACAUAGCGGGUAUUCAUUACAAAAUGGCGAUGUUUGUUCAUGUGUUGAAAUCAAGACAUCACCAUCUAGACCCCAAUUGACAUUAACAACUACACCUAAAUCAACACCAUCAAGUAACAACGGUAGCAAGACUACUUCGGUACCAUCUACACCUAAUUCAACACCUACAAGAAGCAACGCUAACAAGACUUCUUCGGCACCAACUACACCUAAAUCAGCACUUAAAAGUAGCAACGCUAGCAAGAUUACUUCGCCAUCAACUACACCUAAAUCACUACAUACAAGUACAAACGGUUGCAAGAUUACUUCGGCAUCUGCUACACCUAAAGCAGCACCAUCACGUAGCAACGCUAGCAAGACUACUUCGGCACCAGCUACACCUAAAUCAACACUUACAAGUUCAAACGCUAGCAAUACUACUUCGGCACCAGCUACACCUAAAUCAACACUUACAAGUUCAAACACUAGCAAGACUACUUCGGCACCAACUACACCUAAAUCAACACUUACAAGUUCAAACGAUAGCAAGACUUCUUCGGCACCAACUACACCUAAAUCAACACUUACAAGUUCAAACGCUAGCAAGACUACUUCGGCACCAGCUACACCUAUACCAACACUUACAAGUACAAACGAUAGCAAGACUACUUCGGCACCAGCUACACCUAAAUCAACACUUACAAGUUCAAACGCUAGCAAGACUACUUCGGAACCAACUACACCUAAAUCAACACUUACAAGUACAAACGAUAGCAAGACUACUUCGGCACCAGCUACACCUAAAUCAACACUUACAAGUUCAAACGCUAGCAAUACUACUUCGGCACCAGCUACACCUAAAUCAACACUUACAAGUUCAAACGAUAGCAAGACUACUUCGGCACCAACUACUCCUAAAUCAACACUUACAAGUUCAAACGCUAGCAAUACUACUUCGGCACUAACUACACCUAUACCAACACUUACAAUUUCAAACGAUAGCAAUACUACUUCGGCACCAACUACACCUAAAUCAACACUUACAAGUUCAAACGAUAGCAAUACUACUUCGGCACCAGCUACACCUAAAUCAACACUUACAAGUUCAAACGCUAGCAAGACUACUUCGGCACCAACUACACCUAAAUCAACACUUACAAGUUCAAACGAACGCAAUACUACUUCGGCACCAACUACAACUAUACCAACACUUACAAGUUCAAACGCUAGCAAUACUACUUCGGCACCAACUACACCUAUACCAACACUUACAAGUUCAAACGUUAGCAAUACUACUUCGGCACCAACUACACCUGAAUCAACACUUACAAGUUCAAACCUUACCCAGUUAUACAAAACAACCAUAGGGUUCCAAAGUGUAGCCAUACUAAACGUAACGUAG